GAAACAGAAUGGGUAAUGGUAGAAUGGAAUACGAAAGAUUACAGAGGCUGAAUACACCUGCGCCAUUGAUAACGAUUUUGAGCCAUGUCACCCGACCGAAAGCUGCUACCUUGACGUGGUGGUCGGGCUUGAACACCGCAAUGACCUAAUCAAGCUAUACUGGCUGAGACUUAUGUCUCUUGAGGUUCUACCAUGCCAGGCAGGUUGUUUGGAUAGCGGUUAAACAAAAAGCAGCUACCCAAUCCAACAUCAUGACCAAUACAAAAUCACAAAAUUUCAUGCCGGAUCGGCCGUGGCCCGGAUUAACAACGACCGCGCUUCCUGCUGCCGUGUCACAGAGCAGGAGUGAUAAGUAUGCUACUGAGGCACACCAAACAAAAGAGAACAAACAAAAACAGGCCGCGUGUGACCGGCCUCAAGCAGUUGUCCCCUGGGCUCUGCGGUCACGCAACCAACUUCCACGGUGUGGGCAGCCGGGAAGUAACAAACGCCCUCACAAUCGGAAAUGCAGACAAAACCUCUCUGCUGUUGCUGUUGGCGCAUACAAAGAAAAGAGUAGUACAGGUAUGGAACAACAAUUAGUUUGCAAAUGAUGAAUCCCAAGAAAGUAUUUAUUUAUUUCAUAAGCGCUACAUUAAAUUCACUUAUUUCACUAUCUAUAUGAGGCCAAAAACCCCUAAACAAACUAGAUGACAAAGGAAGUAAUUACAGAUAACCACUAUAAUUUCUCUUUUUAAAGGUGUAUGCAAGUUUAC